AUGUUUGCUACUUUGAGGUUUUCUCUACACGCAUUCCACACAAUGUUGCCAAUUCAAAUACUGAAAGAGAAUGCUCAAGAAGAGCGAGGUGAGACAGCACGUUUGUCGUCGUUUGUUGGUGCGAUUGCUAUCGGUGAUUUAGUUAAAUCAACAUUAGGACCAAAAGGAAUGGACAAAAUUUUAUUAAAUGGUGAAGGAGAUUCGCAGCAGGUGCAAGUAACUAAUGAUGGAGCUACUAUUUUGAAAUCAAUUGGUGUUGAUAAUCCAGCUGCUAAAGUUCUUGUUGAAAUUGCGAUGACUCAAGAUUCAGAAGUUGGUGAUGGAACAACAUCAGUUACUGUUCUUGCUGCUGAAUUAUUGAAAGAAGCGGAACGACUUAUCGCUGCUCGUAUUCAUCCACAAACAAUUAUUUCUGGUUAUCGUAAAGCUUUAAAAAUAGCUCAAGAUGCGCUUCGAGACUCUGCGAAACUUUCGGAUCCCGAGAAUUUACGCGAUGACUUGUUAAAAAUAGCUCGAACAUCGUUGGGUUCUAAGAUUUUAGCUCAGCAUAAAGAGCACUUUGCAAAGUUAGCUGUUGACUCCGUACUACGUCUGAAAGGCUCCGGUUGUUUGGAUUCAAUUCAGAUCAUCAAAAAACUGGGUGGUGCAAUGGAUGAUAGUUACUUGGACGAAGGAUUUUUGCUCGAGAAACGACCAGGUAUGUAUCAACCGAAAAAAGUGGUGAACGCCAAGGUGUUGAUUGCUAACACUCCAAUGGAUACUGAUAAGGUCAAAGUGUUUGGUUCUAGAGUUCGUGUGGAUUCUGUGGCCAAAGUCGCGGAAUUAGAAGUUGCAGAGAAACAGAAAAUGAAAGACAAGGUUAAUAAAAUCUUAGCUCAUAAAAUCAAUGUGUUUAUUAAUCGGCAACUGAUUUAUAACUAUCCGGAGCAGCUUUUUGCCGAUGCAGGUGUGAUGGCUAUAGAGCAUGCUGACUUUGAGGGCAUUGAACGACUUGCUCUUGUUCUUGGUGGUGAGAUAGUGUCGACAUUUGACUCACCUGAACUAGUUAAACUUGGUUCGUGCAAUCUUAUUGAAGAAAUUAUGAUUGGCGAAGAUCGGUUACUUCGAUUUUCGGGUGUUCCUACUGGUGAGGCUUGCAGCAUUGUUGUUCGCGGUUCGACGCAACAAAUUCUCGAUGAGACAGAACGAUCUCUUCAUGAUGCGCUGUCAGUUCUAGUCACUCACGUCAAAGAAGGACGUACGGUGGCUGGAGCUGGAGCGUCUGAAAUUUUAAUGAGCGCAGCAGUGAUGACAGAAAGCCAAAAAGUUCCUGGAAAAGAAUCCCUUGCUGUUGAAGCAUUUGCUCGAGCUCUUGCGCAGUUACCAAUUUACAUUUGUGAUAAUGCUGGCUUGGAUAGUGCAGAACUUAUUUCGAAGUUGCGUGCUUUGCACAAUAAUGGCAAUCAUUCUAUGGGAAUUGAUAUUAAUAAAGGUCUGCCAGUGAAUGUGAUUGAUCUAGGUCUCAUUGAAUCAUUGAGCGUAAAGCUUUGUAUGGUUUCAAGUGCAGCAGAAGCUGCUGAACAGAUUCUUCGUGUAGACAAUAUAAUCAAAUGUGCACCAAGACCACGUGGUCGUGACCGAAGAGCUUGCUAA